GAAGUAAGAAGUCAUUCGCGGCGCGAAGCAAAUUGAAUCGCACGCGCACUUUACGAUCCGAAUAAAAUCGAUUUUAUUUUCGUAUUUUUAAGAAUUUUUCUCUGUGAGUUAAUGAUGUCUUAUCAAGUAUUUCAGUGAAUUGUUUAUUUCAAAAAAUAUUGUGUCUAGUGCUGUGUUUUAAACAAUUGUUGAACGAAAUUAUUAAUAUUUAUUUUUUAUAUUAUAGAUAACGCACAGCCAUGGCAACCAAAUCGUACAGCAAACACAAGGAGUACAAAGAGUACUCCAGCAGCAGAGGCAAUGUGCCUUACACAGAUGAACAAUUUGAUAUGAUAAAAUCCGAACUGCUACCGAAGGGCAGUAAGCUGGACUCCCUGGGCAGAGGGGGAGGGGCGAGGGAGUACCACUACGAGUACAAAGAGGAGAAACACCCCUCCGGGAAGUACGACAGGAAGGAUCUGCAUACCGUUGAGGAGUACACAAUCCCACCGAAGAGCAUCCCGAAGGCAUCAGAGAGCAGCUCAUACUACUACGAGCGCGAGGAGAGAGAGCUGCCGGCCAUCGGCGGCGGCACCAGGACAUACAACUAUGAGAGCACCAGCUCCACUCCAGGAUACUCGAAAGUGAAAACGUCGAAGGUGACGAAGGAACUGACUCAGAACGUGGAUGAAUUGGACUCCCUUCUCGACGACUUGCAGAAGGACCAAGAGCGACAGCUAUACAAGAGUGGCUACACCUCUGACACAGCUGAGAGCACUUCGUUUGACUACAGAAGAGGCAUCCCCGCUAAAGCGCCAUCUAGCGGCUACUCGACGCUCAAGCACGAGGAGCGCGUGGAGUCCUCGUCCUGGGGCUCCAGCCCGCCCCCCACCGUGACACGCGCGGCAGAGGUCCGGCAAGAGGUCUACAGGGAGGAGAAAACUGAAUCUCGAGUGGUGCCGUCCCAGGUGUCACCUGCCAUCCCACAGGCGGUACCGCCCACCAUCUGCGCGCACUGCCACCACGAGCCGUCCAACACCGGCACGCUGUCCCGGCCCGGCAUGAACAAAGUCACGACCACGGUGAAGACGUACACAUACGAGGUGCCAGCCGACCAGGACCCGACCACCGUGCCCAUCCCGGAGCACUCGCACACGCACACACACACGCACAACGAGCACGUGUCGCACGACAGCACAUCGAUAACAAACACAUCGACGCCGGUGAAGCUGGUGGCCGCUCCCCCCGCGCCCCCCGCCGGCGGUUGCCAGUACUGCUCGCACUGCAACACGCGCCUGCACUACCGCACACAAGCCACCGAUGAGGUGACGAGCGAGCGCGUGCUAUACCCUCAGCCCGCCAACACUACGCUGCUGCCCGCCUCGCCUAGCGACCCGCACAAUGGACACGGCCCUUAUGGUCCAUCAACUUACAAGUACAGUGAAACGACCUACUCUACCCAGAACUCGACGCAGCGGUUCCCCUCCCCCGCGCCCGCGCCCUCCCACCGCACCCUGUCACCCUCCCCCUCGCCCUUCCCGCGCCCCGCCACACCCUCGGGCGGCACGCAGCAACCACCCAAGAAACUGGACGACUUGCUCGCGGACUUCCCUGAAGCGCGUUUCCCCACACAACCGGACGGAAUCACUCGUCGCAAGGUGGAAGUGACCCACGAGGGUCUGACCCAGAGCACUCAAGCCAAGGAAGACACCACUAAGAAGUCAUCACUGCCAAUCGUUGGCAGCAAGAACGUAGCUGGACCCGCGGUGUACUACCCACCUGGACAUGUGCCUUUCGCCAAGAAAGAUACACCUGUAGUCGCUGGUGGUGGAGGAUACCAAUCUGCUGCGAUGAUGCAAGGCGGCGGCGCGUACGCCUCAGGCCGCGGCAUGUACGAGUACGAGUCAGGCUCGCGCAGCAAGGAGAAGCACUCGGAGAAGAAGACUGCUGUGCCCAUCUGUCUGCCGCUGUGCUGUGCCAUGCCCUGCGUCAUCAUGUAGACGCACCAUUCUAAUAUACUUGUCAAUUUCGGAACACUCUGUAUACAGAACAUCCUGUACACAAGCACAGGAUACAAAAUAUAAGUUCAGAUUUUAAAAAAUGUAAAGUUGCCGAUUUUGGAACACUCUGUAUACAGAACAUCCUGUACACUGGCACAGGAUGCAUAAGUACAAGUUCAGAUUUCAAAAAAUG